CAAACUCAUGUUCCUGUAGAAGAUGAUGCAGUACAUGUAAUUAAAGUGGAAUAUCUUGAAAAUGGCCCCUUAUUUUCUGAACUGAAAUUUUACCAGAGGGCUGCAAAACAAGAACAUAUAAGAAAAUGGAUGAAUCUCAAAAAAAUAAGAUGUUUAGGAAUUCCAGUGUUUUGGGGAUCCGGCUUGGCUGAGUACAAGGGAAAAAGCUAUAGAUUCAUGGUCAUGGAAAGACUGGGAGAAGACCUUCAAAGAAUCUUUGAAGAUUGUGGAAGCAGAUUUAAGAAGGAGACUGUUCUGCAACUUGGGGCACGAAUGUUGGAUACUUUGGAAUAUAUACAUGAAAAUGAGUAUGUUCAUGGUGACAUUAAAGCAGCAAAUCUACUUUUGGGCUACACCAAUCCACACGAGGUUUAUCUUGCAGAUUAUGGACUUUCCUACAGAUAUUGUCCCAAUGGGAACCACAAACAGUAUCAGGAAAAUCCUAGGAAGGGCCAUAAUGGGACAAUAGAGUUUACCAGCAUAGAUGCCCACAAGGGAGUAGCCCCAUCCAGACGAGGUGACCUUGAAAUCCUCGGCUACUGCAUGGUGCAGUGGUUAUGUGGGAAGCUGCCCUGGGAACAGAACCUGAAGGACCCUGUAGCUGUCCAGACUGCGAAAACAAAACUUAUGGAUGAGCUCCCAGAUUCACUGAUGGAAUGGGAUUCUUCUGGAAGCAGCUGUGAAAUAUCCAAGUUUUUGGCAUGUGUUUAUGGCUUAGCUUAUGAUGAAAAGCCAAAGUAUCAAGUGCUCAAGAAAAUCCUGCUGGACAGACUAGAGUCAAGUGGAACUCGCUACGAUGGCCCUCUGGAAUUUUCUGCUGCAGCAUGCACGCAGAAUCACUGUGCUGGGAAAGUGUCAAAAGUUCGCUUACCAAAGCCUAUGCCAAAACCAGUUCAGCAGAAGCAAAAGAAGAUGGAAGGUGAAGAACGCUUCUGUCAAAACAAAGCCUGUACUGGGGUAACAGGCAAACAACUCCAAGAGGAAGAAAAGCCAAGUAAAUUAAACAGGAUGCCUCACCAAACAGAGCCUCGGCAGCAUACAGAAUUACUCUCUGUACACCAACAGGUUCACUUACCAAAGCCUUCACCGAAAGCAGUGCAACAGAAGCAGAACAAGGUGAAAGACGAAGAAUCUAACUGCCUAAGCAGGCCCCACACUCGGGUAACACGCCGGCAACUCCAGCCUGAAGAGAAGCCAGUUACAUUUUACACUGCAAUUCAGGAGCCUGACCACCCACAAAAGAAGGACACUGCAAGAACAUUACCACCCUUCAACCCCCAAGCAAUAUUCUCAGAAUGCAAAAAGAAACACAAUCAGCUCUUAACUACAGCUCAUCCAGUAUCACUGCAAGAAACUGGUUCUGACGUCACCAGUCGUUCUCUACCUGUUCUACUUAGGCUUGCAUUUACUGACGAAACAUACCCGUACAGCGUAGCUAUACUCGUACUGCUGCUACUAAUAUCACUCUCCUUGUAUUUUCUUUGA